GGACUGCGCGUAGAAAACUGUGUAGAGAAUGUUGACGAACUGACUAGUUUGAGAAGAAAAACUCAUGUAACUAUGAACAUUGGUGAGGAUGGCGAGGACUACUCGGAUAGCGAGGACGCCUUCAACUUGUCAACGUCGGUGUUCAACUUCAGCCUGAAGGAGGCUCUACAGAUCCUUCAGGAACACCGCCAGUCCCGCAGGAUACUCAGACCUGACGCAGAGAUAGUCCUCAUUGUCUUCUACUCCGUGCUCAUCACCUCAGGUGUCGUGUCCAACGCCCUGCUGUGCUUUGUAGUGGCUCGACAGUGUUCACGCCGCACCAUGUCCAACUCGGGUCCGACGCCUCGCAACCUCUACAUCGUGAACCUAGCGAUCGCCGACCUGGGGCUGUGUCUCCUGGUCAUGCCUUUCACCCUCAUCUCCCUGCUGAGGACCGAGUGGACCUUGGGAGUCUUCCUCUGCAAGAUGGUGCCUGUAGCUCAGGGAACCAACAUCACAGUCAGUGCGGGAACCAUAUCUGCAAUAGCACUUGACAGGUAUUACACGAUAGUUCGGUCGCCAAGAGGCCAGGUAUGUCAGAUGGCCACUUGCAGCGUCGCAGUCACCAUCACUCUCCUCUGGACCUUCUCUGUACUAGUUAUGGUCCCCCUGGUGCUCUACCAGGACGUGGAAGUCAUCAAAAUUGGGGGUCUGGUGAUGUACGAGGUGUGUGUAGAGCGAUGGCCCACGCCUCUUAUCCAGUGCAUCUACACUCUUAGUUUAUCAGUUCUGCAGUUCCUUGUGCCAGUUCUCGUGCUAACAAUCAUCCACACGAAGAUCUCUGCCUACCUCAGUGUCCAUCUGAUAUCUCCACCAGGACCGAGACAAUCUAUAUGUAAAAGAGCCAAGAGAGAGUUCCGCCGUAACCGUCGCACAAUGAUCAUCCUCUCCUGUAUCGCCAUCGUGUACGCCCUGUCGUGGCUGCCCAUGACUGCCUUCACAGUCGUCAUGGAGCUCAACCCUCACGCGCUCACCUCCCCCCAAACCAUCUACCUGGUGUUCUCAGUUUGUCACUUGGUGGCGAUGAGCUCCACGGUCACCAACCCUCUGCUCUACGGUUGGCUCAACACCAACUUCCGUCGCGAGCUUGGUUCUGUCCUCGGCAGGGAGAAGAAGGAGCGAACACAGCGGGCUCAGAGGAUGCAGUACACGAGUGUCCACAGGCCGUCGGUGUUCGCGAAGGACCGUCGUAUCAGCUUCACCUUCCUAACGACGCUGACGACGGGCACUGCAACUACCAGCCACAGAGGGCUCAGCAUACACGGGCCUGUGUCCAGGGUAGACCAUGUCUAAAUACGGGCACCGCCACAACCAGCCACAGAGGGCUCAGCAUACACGGGCCUGUGUCCAGGGUAGACCAUGUCUAACUACGGGCACUGCCACAACCAGCCACAGAGGGCUCAGCAUACACGGGCCUGUGUCCAGGGUAGACCAUGUCUAACUACGGGCACCGCCACAACUAGCCACAGAGGGCUCAGCAUACACGGGCCUGUGUCCUGGGUAGACCAUGUCUAACGACGGGCACCGCCACAACCAGCCACAGAGGGCUCAGCAUACACGGGCUUGUGUCCAGGG